AUGUCGCACCUCAACAUCGCAACGUUGGAUGCCUCGCAACAUCCCUACCUCCCGGCAUCAUCCCAGACCCUCUUCGCCGCCAAGGCCAAGAAGAAGCUCAGCUUUGAAGAAAUCUCCCAGGAAAUUGGCCGGAAUGAAGUAGCCACCGCAGCUAUCUUUUAUGGUCAAGCAAAAGCCUCACCCGAGGACAUCACAAACUUGUCCAAGGCACUCGAUAUCCCAUACGAGCUACUUGAAGAACAGCUCAGCGGAUUUCCCGACCGUGGCCGUUCGGUGGAGAUGCCGCCCAGGGAGCCGUUGAUCUAUCGCUUGUUUGAGAUUGUGCAGAAUUACGGGUAUGCAUACAAGGCGGUUUUAAACGAAAAGUUUGGAGAUGGUAUCAUGAGUGCGAUUUCAUUCUCGACCAAGGUUGAAAAGGAGACGGAUGCGGAUGGGAAUAAUUGGGCUGUGAUUACAUUGAGGGGGAAGUGGUUGCCUUUUUCGCGAUAUUAA